AUGCAACGAUUUCGCCAUUGCACAGGCGUGUGCCCGUCGAUAAAUAACUGCCGCAUAUUCAUCUCGCGCAUCCCGGCGACGACCGCGUCCGCGGAAAUCGUGCGGCUGCUGUACGCGCUGACGGAUGAGGUGCAGGAGGUGCGCAUCCGGCGCUCGGCUGCGUCGUGCGCCGCCAUCGUGGAGUACAAGUCGCACCGCGGCGCCGCCAUGGCGCGCAAGGCGUUGGUGGCGGCGGCCGCGGCGGCCUGGGGCGGCGGCGCGCGCCCCGCCGUCGACUGGUCGCUGCCGCAGUCGCCGCAGCUGCUGCGCCAGUACCGCGAGGUGACCGUCCUGCCUCGUUUCCCUCCCGCAGCCCCAAUGACGCAUUCCGUCUGCUCGCUGCCAUGUAGUGGUUUUAAUCCUGCGUUCUUCAGAAAAAGAAAGUUAAAACCAUACAAGACACUAAAAAGUUAUCCAGAGUACCAGGAAGCUUUAAAGAACGUCGGUAACAGCGAAAUAAUUGAAACGCUCAGAUUGUAA